GGGCCCCCCCUGCUAUUAGUACCGGCCCUCAGCGGAGCCCGCCUCAGUGCGGUCACUCACCGCUUCUCAGCACCAUGCAGGGGCUCAGCGCCGCGCCGCCCGCCGCCUUCCUCAACCUCCUCCUCCUCCUCCCCCUCGGCGCCCUGCUGCUGCCGGCGGCCGCGGCGCCCGGCGCCGAGCGGGAGCUGAACCCCAGCAGCCGGCUGGCCGCGGGCACGGCGCGGCUGGCGCUGCACUACCUCAACUCCCGGGAGGCGUCCCCCGGCGCGCUGCAGGCGCUGGGGCAGGUCCGCAAGGCCACGCUGAAGAGCAUCCCAGACUCGGGUCACAAGUAUUACCUGCAGUUCACUACUGAAGACUACAAAAGUGGGGAAAAUACUGGGAGCUGCCUUGCUACGGUGUUGUAUCUGAAGACAAAGUCCCUGCCUGUUGUCAACAUCAAGUGCACACGUACCAAAGACCAGAAUCAAAUCCAAGAAGAGGACAACAGACUUUACCAAAAACUUAGGCACCAAACCAAACCAAUAAUUGGAAAUAAUAUUCCAGACAGCUAUGGCAAUAUUGAACCUGCGCUGGAGCCAGUGUGGGCUCUGGCUGUUGUUGGCAGCAGUUACAUCAUGUGGGAAAAGUCAACCGAGAACACGGGUUACUUCAUGGCACAAGUCAAGUCUGCGAAGCAGUGGAUAAGGAAAGAUGAUUUUAUUGAAUUUGACUACACUGUCCUACUCCAUGAAAUUCCAACACAGGAAAUUAUUUCAUGUCACAUGCGCCUCACUUGGCUUCCUGGUCACCCUCUGAAAGUGAAAUACUUCUGUGCUUCAGAGAAUCAGAAGGUCGAAGACGGAUCUGGAGUGGAAUCUGGAUCAGCUGCUGGGAUUUUACACGAAGGGGGAGCAAAUUUUUAGAAAAGAGAUGUCAGCUUUAUGUAUUAAAUGAGAAAAUCCUUGUGUUAAUAGACCUGGAGUUGUGAUCAUUCUUCUGUACAAGUUGAACUGAAUGCUUUCAGUAGGCUGGUUUGUUGCAGAAUUAUUAAUUCUUGUAUUUCUUAAACUGCAAGACUCAUCUUCUAGGGUUGUACCUAAAAACUUUGCUACUACAUAUAUACACAGAUAAACAUACACAAUUUGAUUGUCACUAACCGUUACUUAGAGUAACAUACUUUGUAAACAAAGUUGGUAUAUUUGGAUAAAAAUCUUGAGAAAAGGAUUAAUCUGUCACUAAGAAAUACUUGUCUACUGAUUUUUUUCUCUUUUUUUUGGGAUAGAUACAUGCUGAUUCUUAACUUGUACCUCCAAUAAAACAAAUACCAUUACGCAGGGUUGAGAUUGGGUUUUCCUUCACAAUGCUGCUGUUGGACCCCAACCUUCCAUCUUCUCCCAGUGUCUGGCCUUUAGGAGGAUGUGGACAAGAGUAGGCAGCGAAAACAUCUCCCCACAAGGCCCUGCAGAGGCCAGUAACCAACGUCUGCAUGGCCCUAGUCCUGCCAGCGCGCCACCGCUCCCUGCCUGCGCUGCCAGCUGACAUCAAAAGCAAGUUUCUCCUCUCGUAUUUAUAAAGGCCACUCCGAAAAUACUGAUGCAAGGAAACCACGUUUUGUUGUCUCCCCGCACCUGUCACCCGUCCAGAACACUGCAAGGCAGCGUCUGUCAGAGGGAAACUGCGGAUGUCUGUUUGCAGUUCUCGCACUCACCUCAAACAGAAACAGAGCUGCUGAGAAAGGAGGGCCCUGCACAGCCAAGCUCACCUUGGGCCUGGUGGGGACCAGCCCGCUGCCGGAACGCCCCCAGACAGCCCUUACAGCAGCGACCACCAUGUCCUGUACCGUCCGACACACAGCAAAGCCCUGCGGCAAGCGCACGUGGUCAUCCUUCCGCACCGAAUUCUUCACCUGGGCUACAGCAGACCUGCCAUCCUGCCACCGUGCGCUGAGAUUGUGCCAAACUGGCUCCAGUUUGCCAUCAAUUUUUUUCCCCGUUCGCAAGACUUCAGCCAGGUUAAAUUAACUCCUUAGCAACACGUACCCCUCCCUCAGGAAAAGAGGCGAUGGUCUCUGCCUUCCGGAAGGGUGACUCCCUUUAUAAUUGUGGUAUAUUGUGCUAUCAUUGGUCUGCAAUCAGUAACAAUGAUUAAGGUAUUUAACAUGAAAGCUUUAACUGGGGGAUAUUUAGGCCGGGUGAUCUGCUAACCCCCCAAAUUCAGGCACAUUACACCAGUGCAUUAGACUCUGAUGCACUUUUACUGGCUGAAGCUUUUUAUACCAGCACCGAAUAGGCAUUGCAAUAAAUUCAGUGAAGCAGCGUUUCA